AUGAAGGAGGCCAUGCGGCUUCCGCGCGAGGUGACAUCGCAUGCCCACCGCAGCUACGGUGGACGAGGAACCAUCAACGAGGACUCGGAGCGCACGGCACAGUGGCGCCUGCCCGACGGCCCGGCUUCGCCAGACCGGAGUCCCAGUCGCGCUGGCCGCGGCGCUUUGCCGACCCACAAUCGGGACCUGAGCAACGCAUCGAGUUUUGCCUUCGUCCCGUCUGGAGAAGGAAGCCCGCUUGCUGCUCCAGUGGCUCAUACGGCGUUGCAAGACCACCUGGUGCAGCAGCAGGUGUCCAUUCUUGAGGCUGAGCUUCUUCGCGAAGCUGCGGCCGGUGCAGCACUGGAUGCCGAUGGCAUACAGGAGCAUCUUGAGCUUUUCGAAGCAAGACUGCGCCAAGCAAUGACAGAGCAAUGGCCAAGCGAAGGCCGCCCACGCUCUCGGCCCCGGGGUCCAUCGCCCUCUGCAGCAGAGAUCGAAGCUCAGGAGCAGCAGCAGUGGCGCCUUCAACAUCUGCAGCGGCCCGUGGCUACCGAGGAGGUGGAAGAGGCAAGUCACUUCCGGCGGCACCGGGCAGUCUCUCUUAGCCGCCGGCAGGGGAGGCAUUCACCGGCAUCAACGGCUGCGGACGAGACCUCGGCCUUCCGCCACCACCGCGCCUCCUCGUUGGGCAGAAAGGGCAGCAGGUCGUCGCCCAGGUCAGCUGCAGAAAACGAGGCACCUGAAGCGCAUCGCCAGCGCGGCGACCCACUGCUGGCUGCACACUCGCUGGCACAACCGCCAACGGGAGGGGCGGCGAAUGCGGUUGGAGAGCAAAGGUCUCUCGUGGCACUCGCAAAAGGUGGAGCACCAUCGCCACCGUCUUCCACUCCGGAGAGCACAGGGCCGGUCCAGGUGGCCACAACACGUGGCCAGCCAGGGUCCGAUGCAGCUGGAGACAUGAGGCCACCCAUGCUCAUGCAAGAGGGCGUGGCUGGAGUGGAAGCACAGCCGAGGCCGGUCCAGGUGGCCACAACACGUGGCCAGCCAGGGUCCGAUGCAGCUGGAGACAUGAGGCCACCCAUGCUCAUACAAGAGGGCGUGGCUGGAAUGGAAGCACAGCCGAGGCCGGUCCAGGUGGCCACAAAACGUGGCCAGCCAGGGUCCGAUGCAGCUGGAGACAUGAGGCCACCCAUGCUCACACACGAGGGCGUGGCUGGAGUGGAAGCACAGCCGAGGCCGGUCCAGGUGGCCACAACACGUGGCCAGCCAGGGUCCGAUGCAGCUGGAGACAUGAGGCCACCCAUGCUCAUACAAGAGGGCGUGGCUGGAAUGGAAGCACAGCCGAGGCCGGUCCAGGUGGCCACAACACGUGGCCAGCCAGGGACCGAUGCAGCUGGAGACAUGAGGCCACCCAUGCUCACACAAGAGGGCGUGGCUGGAAUGGAAGCACAGCCGAGGCCGGUCCAGGUGGCCACAACACGUGGCCAGCCAGGGUCCGAUGCAGCUGGAGAGAUGAGGCAGGCGCCUGUCUCUGUGGCCGCGCAGUUUCCUGGUGCAAGCGGAGAUCGUGUGCAGUCAUAUCUGCCGGCAUCGCCGAGCUCGGACAUGUUAGGGGAGCCCCUUCUGUCGGAAUGCGAGACUUCAGCGGCAGACAAGACUGGAGUCGUGCAGUCGCCAUCGUCGAGGAAAGUCGAAGCAGGUGACGACGCUUCCAGGAUCCCAAUCCCAAUCCGCGAAGAGGGCCAGGGCCAGGGCCUCCCUCGGCCUCUUGAGCCGAAGGAGACGCGGGCCCUGGAAUCGCUUCCGGCGAUCUGCCAUUGGGCAGAGGUAGAGGCUCAGCCCAUCGGCACCCAGGUGGUCUGGGAGUUCGGAUGCGACACGGCUGGCGUCAGUCACCUCCACAUCGACGAAACUCCGGCAGAGGAGGACAUGCUGAGCUUUCUUCACUCGCCGACAAGAUCACCUGAGGAGUCCACAAGGCAGUCAACUGCCCGAGUGGCACAUGCAGACGACGAAGAAGCCCCGGAGCUUCAGUCUGAGUCGCCUGCGGCACUGCUCUCUGAAGCAGAGCAGUGGAUGAAGGAGGAGGCAGGACGACUACACAGAGAACUCCACCGUCGUCAGAGCGCCGUGGCCAAAGGUGCCGAGGAGCUGUCGAGGUUGAAGCUGCUCGUGGGUCUUGGCUGCGAACGACGCCGAUGUCACCGUUGCGACCUCUCGAUUUGCUCCUUGCGGCGCCUUCUGAAAGCCAUCGGCGAGGUGUGCGUGGCGACAGCAGAGUCGACUGAAGGCUCCUACCAGCCCCUUCUCGAAAUCGCCGAGAUCCUCGGCUCCACGGCCCACGUCGACGCCCGCUUGGCGGAGCUCGGGACGUGGCUGGGUGCUGCCGUGGAGGAGGCGGCAGAAGGGCCGCAACUCGUUGCAGCAGCGGCGGGACAGGUAUCGGAAGGGAGCAGCACGGCAGCAUCACAGAUGGGCGCCAGUCAGCUAGCGAUGCAGCUCUACACAGUCGCGGAGCCCAGCUAA